AACACACACAUGCCCGCCUCAAGGAGGGAGGCUUUUCCAGAUGCGGCACGAGACCCAAACAACAGCUUAAUCGGUCCGGUGUCGGAGGCACGUUCUGCCACUGGAGCUGAGGUCCAGACGCGGCCUCGCUGCUCCCUCCCCACGCCACACUGGGACCAGCCAUUUCCUCCAGACAUCUCCUGGCAUCUUUCAAAGGCGCUCCUGCCUCCAAACUGGUGUCCUAGAGCUGGCAAACUCCCACCUGCUCCUCUCUAAUCCCUGUGAUUUCGACUCACCACCCACCGUGGCAAACUCCCUCUCCACUGCCAGCUCUCCAUGAGCUUACUCAGUAGCACACUGGAUAGAGCAUUGGGCCUGUGUUCAGAAGGACCCCUGUUCAAAUCCAGCCUCAGACACUGACUAGCUGUGUGAUCCUGGAUGAUAUAGCACCAUCAGCAUCUAGUAUUUUUAAUGAUUCCAUGGACGAGAGAAGGACCGAAGACACCUCCAUAGGAUCCCAGAUCCUGUGCACCAUCUUUCUGACUUAUUCCGUGAUCAUUUCGGUGGGUCUCAUCGGAAAUGUUGCUCUCAUCAAAGUCUUUUUCAAGAUCAAGUCCAUGCAAACAGUUCCAAACAUUUUCAUCACCAGCUUGGCUUUUGGAGAUCUCUUGCUUCUAAUAACAUGUGUGCCGGUGGAUGCGACCCAGUACAUUGCAGAUACCUGGCUGUUCGGAAGGCUCGGCUGCAAGCUCCUCUCCUUCAUCCAGCUCACCUCGGUCGGAGUGUCAGUGUUCACCCUAACUAUUCUCAGCGCUGACAGAUACAAGGCAAUUGUGAAGCCCCUGGAACUGCCAGCCUCUGAUGCCUUCCUGAAGACCUGUGGGAAAGUUGCCUGCGUCUGGAUCUUUGCCAUGGUUCUUGCUAUUCCAGAGGCUGUAUUCUCAGAUCUAUAUCCUUUCUAUAAUCCUGCAAAAAAUGAGUCUUUUGAAGCAUGUGCCCCUUAUCCUGUCUCUGAAAAGAACAGGCAGGAGGCUCAUUCUCUCCUAUGCUUCUUGGUCUUCUACAUCAUUCCCCUCACUGUCAUUUCUGUCUACUAUGUUCUGAUUGCCAGAGCUCUUUACAAAAGCACCAUUGAAAUGCCCGCUGAAGAGCAAGAGCAUGCCCGCAAGCAGAUUGAAUCCCGCAAGAGAGUUGCCAAGACAGUGCUGGUACUGGUGGGGUUUUUUGCCGUCUGCUGGCUGCCUAAUCAUCUCCUUUACCUUUAUCGGUCCUUCAAUUACCGGUCCUCCAUUGAUUCUUCUACCUUGCAUCUUGUGGCCACUAUUUUCUCUCGGGCUCUGGCUUUUAGCAAUUCCUGUGUAAACCCCUUUGCUCUGUAUUGGCUGAGCAAAACCUUCCGGCAGCAUUUUAAAACACAGAUCUUUUGUUUCAAGUUCAAGUGUCCCAGGCGAUCGAUGGUCACCAGGAACCUGGCCACCGGGCUUGCUUCAGCCACUAGGAGCACCCAGGUCUCUGAAAUUAGCGUGACCUUGCUCACUGGGUAUGGGGGGAAGAAGGAAGAAGAUAGUGCCUCAUCUGUUAUCAGUUAAAGAGGGCAGGCCUCAGGCUUUUUGCCAAGGGUAUGGAUAGCUAGGAAUUGUGGGGAAGAGUAUAACACUGAAUUGCUAAUCUUUGAAUUGCAUUUGAGAUAUUUAAGAGAAGGUUCUGGUCCAGUUGAGGAUCCUUGUACGUAUGUAUGUGUUUGUGUGUAUAUGUGUUGGUAUUCUCGUGAGUGAAAAACUUGAUGUUCUUGAACUUUCUAAAUUCCAUACAGAAAACACCUUUAGUGGGUGGAGAAGUGCGUGGUUAUGGAAAGAGCAAGAGAAAGAGUAAGAGAAUGCAAUCAAUGCAACACUGAAAAUGUAAAACUCAAUGUCUAGGAAGAUGUAUUUUCAGGAAUAUUUCCUUUCCCAAACACCACACAUAACACAUUUUGGUAGUGCUUCGGGUAUCACAAAGCAUUUUCCUUCUCACUGGCCUCAUAACAAUCUUCAUUUUUCAAAUGACGAAUUGGUGGUUGAACGAAGGAAAAUGAUUUGUCUUCAGGCAUAUGGCUAGUGCCUGGCAGAUCUCUGGACGCCCCAUGUUGCCAUAGCCCCACAUAGUUUAAGGAAUGAAAGAACCCUUUGAGGCCAUCUACUAUGGGGCAAGUGCUGGGCUGGGCUCUAGAGCUUAGAAAUACAAAAAUCAACUUCCCCCUGUCCUCAGAAAGCUUCCAUUCUGCUAGAGGAGACAGUGCACAUGUGGACAAUUCAACACAAGUUACACCCAGAAUUAAUGCAAGGUCAUGAUGUUGGGGAGGGCAUCAACACCCAGAGGAAGAAAAGUCCUUUUCAGGAGGUGACAGACAUCUGAACUGAGCCUCAAGUCGAGUUAGGUAGAGGUGAGGGCUAUGGGCAAAGAAACAUUUCUAUUGUUUGGGACCCCAACCCUGACAGUAACAUGCACCCUUAAAAUAAUCGGGCUUGCUUGUAAAACAGUAAAAAACAAACUUUAACACAAAGGACCCAAAUCCUUCAUGGACUGUGGAUGACAUUUCUAACUUUUCUCACUUUGUAGUUGUGUGACAGGCACCCAAUAAUACCAUUUGUGUUUCUGUUCUGCAACACAGAUGCAGAUUGUAUUAUUCUUUCUGUGUGAGAAAAGUAUCAAAAAUAGAGAUGAGGAAUCUUUUAUGCAAUUUUCUUUCUCUAAAAAAUAGUCCUCCUAAUAAUCAAAGGGAAAUGUUCCUGUUUUCCAUUGUUCUCUCUUCUACUGUCAACAAAUGUUCCAUGGAAAUGAAAAUGGGGAUGUUUUGAGGUUGGCAAAUAUGAAUAACAUACCAGGGCAUGGUUCAUCCAUCUGUCUUACCACUUCUGUAAUCACAGACAAUGGAGUCCUACUUAUCCCUUCCAUUGAUUAAUGUCAGUCAAAAAGUUUCCACGAUGAGCUGACUUUAUUGGGAAAUGCAGAAAGUAGUCACCUACAUGGAGUCUCAUGAAGGGCACAGGGAAAGGCAAUGUUCCUUCUCCCAACCCAAUAUAUCAGCAGCACGAGCAAGCUACAGUAUCUGAAAGCCCACUACUUUGUGUUGAGCAAACUCUUCCUGUAGCUUGUUCUCGAAUCCAACUAUCCCUGGGACUCCCUUCCACCUCUGUAGGAAUGAGCUUAGCCAGGCAGAUUUAAUGACAGAAAGUGCACAAUGACCUCUGCAAUGUUUCAGAAGGUGAUUUCAGAGUGCUCAUGGGAGACGAUUCUUUAUUAUGGCUAACUUCACUUGCAAAUUUCUGGUGUUCCUUUUUCUUGAUAUUGUGAUAGUAGUGAAUAAGCACACUACUCUUGUGUUUGUGUGGCAUAAAUGUGAUUAUAUCUAUAUCUAUCUACACAUAUAUAAUAAGAACUACCCUUGUGUUUCUCACCAUGAUUAGGCUGUCUUUUGCUUACAAAUGGAACAGAGAGAGGAAGAGACUGAGAAAGGAGAGGGGCAGAAAGAUUUCCGUGAGGCCAACAUCUCCUAAGGUAAAGGGGCAAGAGUGCUGCCCUGACAUAGGAAAAGACCCAGAGGAAGGGCUUGGGCCCCAGUAGCUCCUCUAUGGGGGAUCAGUGGGGGGACAUGGACAAGAACUGCAUAGGAUGAGACUGGAAAUGCACUGAAAUAGUGAAACAUAAAUAAAACAAAGUUGCCAUGGGGAGGGGAAGGAGAAAGGGGACAAAGGGAGAUGCAUGAACAGAACACAAGAGAAAGAUUUCUUAAAGUGUAAUUAAUUCACUAUGUGGUGAAAUAUUUUCUUUAAAACGGGAGAGGCCACUAGAUUUGCUACUCUUCAGGGGGAAAAGAAAGGUAGCAAAGCCAAAUGGGACCAUUAGUAAGCUGGGUGUUUUUAACACAGGGACUUUGCUAUGUUGGUUCUCUGGAGCAUCUCGCUGGCUCCACUUGACAUUCAAGAACCCGAAAAGAGAGUUAGCCGUGCAGGUGCCAAUGGCUGGAUUCUCUCUUUAGGCAUCCAGAAUUCAGAAGGGGGGAAUCACAUUCAAGUUUCUGAUUUUCCACCUGUGACCACUAGCUUUUAACACACAGACCAUUCACAAUGUUAUUUUGCUUAAUCCAGAGGAGUUGUCCCAGACUGUACUUGAAAGGUUUCAAAGCCAAUGUAAAUAUUUUCAUUCAUGAUGUGAAAAACACUGUUCAAACAAGGACUGUCCAAGGACAGUCUCUGAAAAUGUCAACAAGGUUUUGACUUUUGUUCAAUGUGAUGUAAAAUGUUAUUUCUCAAAAAUAUAUGUUGUGUGAAUAAACUUUAAAUAUGCAUGUAAAAGUAAUCAUUUAUAUUUCUAGAAAUUGAAUAACUAAUUAUAUUUGCAUAAGAGUAAAAAAUAAUAUUUGUGACUAAUCUUGAUUGUUGGGGGUGGGGGGAGCUUUCACUUGUUGUGGUUUGCUUACUUUUAAAUGGCUCACCCUUAUGAUCCUGAGUUUUUCCUAAUGUUGAAAAGAAUUAAAAGAAUGGGAUGGGUGAUGAAUUCUGUCCUUCUAAAGCAUUGUAAAAUGGUUUCUUUAAAUAAGGUUUUAUUUAAUUUAUUUAUAAGAGUUAUUUAAGAUAAGGAAUGCCUGUGUUGUAUUAGUGUUGUGUUCAUUAAUAUAAGUAUAAUAAAUCAGCAGUAAAAAACUAA